AUGGCCGGCCCGGCGCCGACGUACUCUGCAAUCAUCGCACACACUGCCGCGUUCCUCGCCGAGCUCGUCGCGGACCCUCUGCUCCGGCGCCACCUCCUGUCGGCCGCGGCCGCGGCCUCGGACGGCGGCGGGCAGCAGCACCCGGCGGCCACGCUCCAGGCGCUGUCCCUCGUAUCGGACGCGCUCGACACCGCCGCCUCGGCCUCGCCGUCCCCGUCGUCGCUCCGCGCCGCGGAGCGCCUGCUGCAGUCGCUCCCGGCCGCCACGCCGCUCUCCUGCCUCCUCCUCGCGCUGGCGUGCGCCGCGCGCCGCCGCGGCGGGGCGCCGGCCGCGGCCGCCGUGCUCGACCUCUUCGCGCUGGACCCCGCGCUGGCGCGCCACGAGCUCGCGCCCGCGGCCUUCGAGGCGCUCUUCGCGCCGCGGCUCCUCCCCGUCAUGCGCCACUUCGCCGCGCGCCGCGCCUCCGCCGCCGCCACCGCGGUGAACGGGGACGAGGACAGCAGGUCCGACGAGGCCACGGCGCUGUCGGCGAUGCGGGUCCUCUCGCUGAUGAGCGGCGCCCAGGCGCAGGAGAUGAGGGCGCUGGAGCGGGAGUACGAGAUGGUGCUCGACGCCAACUGCAGAGCGUACGCGCUCUACCUCAGGAAGAUCCUCGAGGCCGGCGAGGCGUCGGCGGUGUCGUCACCACCGCAUCCUCCUGAGCUCGUGUUCGGCGUCGGAGCCGACGAAGAAGACGACCGCGGCGGCGACGAGGACGCCCCGGAGAACGACGAGUCUGCCAGCUCGCAGAACAGCUUCCGGUACAAUCCGAUGUGGGCGGGGACGGAGGAGGAGCAGGGCGAUCUUUACCCGCGGCGGCAGGGCAGCGUCAAGGGCCGGAGGGACCUCAUGAGGCCGCCGAGCCUGUACCCGCAGCGCGUGCCGCCGCACCUCAUCGUGCAGCAGCAGCCGCCGCCGCCGCCGGUGAGCAGAGGAAUCCCGGCGUCAAGGCUCCGGGCGGAGCACUCGCAGUCGCCGGCGGCGCCCUCAGACGACAGCAUGGAGGAAUCUUCCUCCGAUCUCGGCGGCGGCAAAGAGGAAAAGCGCGCGGCGGCGUCGCCACCGUCGUCCAAGCCACGCCCGCACGCCGACGACGCCCUGCUGUCUCCGGACCCCGCGAGCUCCCCGGCGGCGCCGCAGCCGCUGCCGACGCCCAAGGACUUCGUGUGCCCCAUCACCAGCCAGGUGUUCGACGACCCCGUGACGCUCGAGACCGGGCAGACCUACGAGCGGCGCGCCAUCCAGGAGUGGCUCGACCGCGGCAACGCCACCUGCCCCAUCACCCGCCAGCGCCUCCACGGCGCGCACCUGCCCAAGACCAACUACGUGCUCAAGCGCCUCAUCGCCGCCUGGCGCGACCUGCAGCAACCUUCUUCUUCCCCAACGGGGACGACCAUGGACGCCGACAGCCCCGCGCCGCCGUUCAAGACCAGCAGCAGCUCGCCGUCCCCGGACACCAGCGCCAGCCACGCCAGCGCGCCCUCGCCCACCAGCGUCAUCGCGCAGGCCACCCUCGAGACCGCCGUCGGCGAGCUCCGCGCCGCCGUGUCCUGCCUCUGUACGUCCGAGGACCUGGCCGAGUCCGAGAAGUCGGUGCUCAAGAUCGAGCGCCUCUGGCGGGAGGCCGGUGCCGACCAGGCCGUCCUCGCCGCGCUCGCCAGGCCCGCUGUCAUCAACGGCUUCGUCGAGAUCCUCUUCAACUCGGUCAGCGCGCAGGUGCUGCAGGUCGCCGUCUUCCUCCUCGCCGAGCUCGCCUCCCGGGACGACGCCGUCGUGCAGACGCUCACCAGGGUCGACUCCGACGUCGACUGCCUGGUGGCCCUCUUCAAGAAGGGCCUGGUGGAGGCCGUGGUGCUCAUCUGCCUCCUGGCGCCCACGCCGGAGCAGCUCGUCGAGAUGGACAUGGCGGAGGCCCUCGUGUCCACCAUCCGCCGCGGCGACGAGGACCCGCUCAAGAUGUGCAUCAAGCCCAAGGCCGCGUCGGUGAUCCUCCUCAGCCAGGUCCUCGCCGAGGGCGGCGCGGACAGCUCCACGUCGCCGGUGCCGAGGUCCGCGCUCCUGUCGGAGAGGUUCAUCCGGAGCGUCGCCGCGAGCCUGGAAGCCGAGCAGGUGGAGGAGAGGCUGGCCGCCAUGCGCAUCCUGCUCCGGUGCAUCUGGGAGGACGGCCACUGCCGGAGCAGCAUCGCCGACAAGUCGUCCCAGCUGGGCGCCGUCCUCGACGCCUUCCACGCCGUCGGCGACGCGGACAAGUUGGACAUCGUGCGCUUCCUCUACGAGCUGCUCAAGCUGAAAAAGCGAUCGGCGGCGGAGCGUGUUCUCCGGGCGAUCAAGGACGGCGGCUCCUUCAGCAUGAUGCACACGCUUCUCGUGUACCUGCAGUCCGCGCCGCCGGAGCACAGCCCUGUGGUUGCAGGGCUACUUCUUCAGCUCGACCUAUUGGUUGAGCCGAGGAAGCUAAGCAUGUACCGAGAGGAAGCGGUGGACUGCCUCAUCCAGUGCCUGAAGAACACUGACUUCCCUCGGAGCCAGCUCCUCGCCGCCGAGACCAUCAUGUGCCUCCCGGGGAGGUUCUCGUCGUCGGGGAGGCCGCUCGCGCGAUCGACGCUGCUGAGGCUGGCCAGGGUGAAAGAGAGGCACCGCCAGUCGCAGGAUCUGAGCACCGUUCGCGCCGACGCCGGCGAGGAUGAAAUGGUAUACCUUGCUCACUGAAUUUUCAGGCACUCGGACCUUGUCUGAACGAGCUCUGCGCAGGAAGAAGAGAAGGCCGCCUCUGAAUGGGAGAGGAAGACGGCGUACGCGCUGGUGAGCCACGAGUUCGGGCUGGUGUUCGAGGCCCUGUCGGAGUGCCUCAAGAGCAAGAACGCCGAUCUGUUCACGACGAGCCUCGUGUGCGCCACAUGGCUCGUGUACAUGCUCUCCCUCCUCCCCGACACCGGCGUGCUCGGGGCGGCCAGGGUCUGCCUGCUACGCCAGUUCGUCAUUGUCCUCCGCUCCGCCAAGCACGGCAGCGACCGGGUCCUCGCCAUGGUGGCGCUGAGGAGCUUCAUGAACGACCGAGAGGGGAUGCACGACAUCACGACGUACAUCAAGGACGUGCUCAAGACCCUGAGGGAGCUGAAGAAAUCGUCCGGCCUCGCGUUCGAGAUGCUCAAGCUGCUGUCGGACGGCCAGGAAUCCAGCCUUGACAUGUGGAACCACAAGGAUAUCAACCUUGUGGACUGCAGCUCAAAUGGUGAAGUAACAUCAAUUGUUUACCUGAAGAACCACAUCUUCUCUGGCCACUCUGAUGGAACAUUGAAGGUGUGGGAGGGAAGUGAAAACAUCCUUCGCCUUGUGCACGAGACCCAGGAACACACGAAAGCAAUCACCAGUUUGUCUGUCCUGCACUCGGAGGAGAAGCUCUACAGUGGAUCAUUGGACAGGACAAUUAGAGUGUGGCAGUUCCGGGAUGGCGUCCUCCGGUGCGUGGAGAUCCAUGACACGAGAGACCCGGUGCAGAACCUUGCCGUCGCCAACGCCAUGGCCUGCUUCGUGCCACAAGGCGCAGGCGUUAAGGUGCUCAGCUGGAACGGCAGCUCCAAGCUCCUGAAUCCCGGCAAGUACGUGAGGUCCAUGGGGCUGGUGCACGGCAAGCUUUUCUGCGGCUGCAACGACAGCAGUAUUCAGGAAAUCGACCUGGCGAGUGGCACGCUGGGCGUAAUCCAGUCCGGCAACAAGAGGAUUCUCGGCAAGGCGAAUCCUGUAUACUCCCUACAAGUUCAUGACGGAUUGCUGUACACCGGGAGCACUCCAUCAAUGGACGGCGCGUCAGUCAAGGUGUGGAACUGCGCCAACUACAACCUCGUCGGCUCGAUGCCGUCGUCCAUGGAGGCGCGGUCGCUGGUGGUCAGCGCAGACCUCAUCUACCUUGGCUCCAGGAACGGCGCCGUGGAGAUCUGGUCCAGGGAGAAGCUCACCAGGAUCGGCACGCUGCAGGCGGGCGGCCCCAGCUGCCGCGUCCAGUGCAUGGCCGUCGACGGCGAUGGUGACGUGCUUGUCGUCGGGACAUCGGACGGCAGGAUUCAGGCGUGGGGAUUGACUUGAGCAGAUGCAGAGGAGGCAUAAAAAGAAUCGUCAAGGAAUGGUGAAUAAAAUGUGGAAAUAUGAGUGGCGUACUGCUGAUUGUUCUGUUUGUGUUUUUCCUGGCACGAUCUUGCAAGAUCUGCAAAGUGUAAAUAUCGUCCGAGUUCAUACUACUGAACUACUGAUCUGCAAAUCCAUCCGCCUCAUUAGAUCAGAAACCCGAGAGUAGGAAAGAAAACAUUUCAUGGCAGAGGUA